AUGGCAUAAACUAGUAAGAGGAAAUAGUCAAGGUCUUUUGAAGAUAGCGAAGUAGCAAUUUUAACAUAAGUGAUAGUAUAGGGGGAAGCCGUUUAGGGAAGGUGGACAAAAGAUGAACAUUAAAGAUUUGUAGAGGCUCUGAGUAUUCAUGGGAAGAAUUGGAAAAAGGUAGAAGAAUAUGUUGGUACUAGAAGUGGUGCCCAAAUAAGAUCUCAUGCACAAAAGUUUUUCAAUAGAUUAGAGAAGGAAUUUAACAAAUAAUUUAAUGGUCUUAAGAGUUCAGAAAUUAAGCAGAUUUUCGAGAAUAAACGAUUCCACAACUUCACAGAAGGCGAUUAGACAUAAAGAAGAUAAAGGACAGGGUCUAUUAAUGAUAUUUCCGAUGAUGAAAUUCAAGGGAAUUUAGAUUCAAUGCAAAUAGAGUGCAAUCAGUUAUUACUGCAACAACAAUAAUAAUAGGUUAAGACAUAAUUACAACAGGGAAUACUCGAUCUUAAUCUACCCGAUUCUUGUCAGCAUUAUCAGAAUACUAUGGAUCAAGUCACUAAAUAUUAAUAAUAACAAAAUAAACUGCAAAAAAAAAUACAAGAAAUUGUUGAUCGAAACUACCCAGAUGAUUUAAUUAAAGAAAUAUGUGAUUUAAACAAAGAGAAAGAUCAAAUUAUAGCUAUUGAAUAAAUCCAAAAUGCAUACUAGUCAAUAGCUGAAGUAAAUCAAAUCGAAUAACAACAAUCUUAAAAGUAAUAGCAACCACAAUAAAUUCAAUCAGAAAACUCAUAGUAAUCAAAAGUCAAUAAUUUAAUAAAUGAAGAAUCAAGACCUGGAACUGAUGAAUCCUUCUUUCACUUCAUUAUGGCAAGAAAUCAGAAGUAUAUCAAUAAUAGGAAAUUGAGCCUAUCUGAUCUGAUAGAUGUACCUAAGAAGGAUGAAAAAACAUAAGAGUCAGAAUUGUAGGAGUAAAAAUAACAAUAAUAAUAAGAGAAUGAAGGAUAAAGGAGCAGAAAAUAAUCAUUUACUUUUUAUAACGAUUAGGUUGAAGAUAAUGAACUCAGAUAUUAGACCCUUAAGAAAAACAAGAAAGAAUAAUGA